AUGGUUGAGGGCACACCCGGGGGGGCCGUCCGUGCGGGCUUGGCCUCGUUCUCUCGCCCCAGUCCGGUGUCCCUGCAUUUCCGACAGCCGCCUUUUGGGAUCCGGAGAGGACUUCUUCUGUUGGCCCUUUUGGGGAUCGCCCAACUUUUUCCCGUUGCUCGCUGGACAGAGUGGGGCAGCGAGGCUCCGGAACGGACAAGCUGCGCAGGCUCUUCAGGACUCAGGCCGGAAGAACCGCGAUCUUUCGCCGCUCCUCAUUUCGUAGGAGUCUCUGCAGCGCACAAGGCCAUCAGCGAAGAAGCUGCCGCAGCUCUGGGGGUCCAGGCUCUGAAUGGGAUUUUGUCACAGCUGGGGCAGCUGGCCAAAGAAACGACUUCGGCCGUCCGACGCUCGGUCCACCGCAGCAUCUCUGAAGCUCGACAGACCGACACGUUCAAGUCGCUGAAAUACGCUGUAAGAGGGGGACCCGUGAUGCCGGACGGCGUCAUGGAGGCGGACUUGGCGGCCUUGGGCGAGGGCCUGACAAAGUACCUUGCUCGGGUAGAUACGGUUCACCCGCGGGAAAGGACCACGGUUUUGCCGCACUUGCUGCAGAAGGACGCUGGUCUGAUUCACGUAAUGUUCAAAUAUGCAGGCCUGGACGGGUUUGAGGACGUCGACGUUGCCUUCAAACGCCUCAAAGGCUUUAAGAGAAGUUUCGAGGAGCUGUCAAAGAUACCCGAAGGGGACCGUGCUUCAAGUGAAGACGCAGAAGAUGAAGAAACGGACGAGGCUGGCGAUGUGGACGCAGGAGGGAAAGGGGGCGAAUCACCAGAGGCCGACGGCAAGCGCGCGAAGCGUAAGAACCGCGCGCGGGGGGUGAGAGCUCCCAGCGAUGCAGCUCUGUUGGCGGAGGACGCCCUGAAGCUCUUUGAGGCAGAAUUAAGCGCCCACCUCGCCUUCCUUACUGACGUCCUUUCUACCAGUCCCGAAGAUGCGGAGAUACUGAAGCGGUAUACUCGCCGGAUGCUUCCCCGGCUAAAGGAAGCAUUCAAAGCAGCGUGGCAUGCAGCUUCCACGACACUGCAAGACAAGGAACGCAGUUUUCAUCUACGGUAUUUGGCUGACUACUUGCGCGAGUUUGGGGCCCUCGAUUCCCAUCUCGGCACACUCAGCGAGAUUAUGCCGAGGUCACAGCCACCCUUCAACCCUGAAAACUACUAUUAUGGGACACCGUCCAUCGUGCCCGGCGAGUGA